AGAAAAGAAAAAUGAUUGUUGUUUAAAAGUAGGUUGCUAAUUCGUGAGAUGCUAAUCCGAAGUUUAAAUUAUUAAACAAACAAUUGCACAUUCAGUCAAGCAGAUUUAAAACCGGUAUUAUGCUCGUAUUUAGCCAAGAUUUCGAAAAACAAUCGUAAAUUAUAUUAAGCGCACUGAAAAGUUAACUUUCAUCGGUUUAGAGCUUUGUUAUAACAGUUGUAAUUCAAAAUUCGAAUGCCACGGACAUACCAAGAUGGUUCGGAUCAUUUUGACAUUUGUUUUUUUAACUUUCGUCUCGGCAAAGGCUAAGGACCAGAAAGGAUUUUUAACGGCUUUAGAAGAAAAAUUGGAAAAUAAAUUGGUGUCUUACGGUUACGAUUUUGCAAAGUGGAUAGAAAAUGUGAACGAUAGGCGUUUGGGUAACAGUGAGUUGGGGAAGAUGCUUAAUUAUCAAGAAAUGAAGCCAAAAUUCAAUAAGAUUGGAAAGUCUCGCGGCAUGAAGAAGCUUUCAAUGGUGCUACUGCCGAUCAUCUUCCACGUGGGCGCGGCGUCCACCUGGUUCCUGCUCACCGCGCUCAUGGCCACCAAGUCUGUGGCCAUCGGCAUCUUGCUGUUAGUCUUUAAGAUUGCCGUCAGUUCCGCUAAGGUGGCAUCGUUUUUCACGGCCUGGAAACAUAAACAUCUUCAUUCGGAACAUUCGUGGUCGCCGCAUUUCGAGCAUGGUCAUCGUCGCAUGAUAGAUGCUGGUACCCACAGUUUGCCUUAUCUCUCCUACAAUCCUGAUUGGAACACGGAGUACAACACUUUGUCAACUAGCUUCGUCCCUGAACCAUACCACGGAAGCAACUUCAAAGAUAGUAUCGAAAAGAAGUCAUAA